UGACAGUUUCCUGCAGGCUGUGUCAGACGGGACCUGGUCGUCCUCACAGCGGGAUGUAUUGGAGGGGAGACGGGGUUACCGGAGUUUACUUGGUCGACAUGCAGAGGACCGGGCUGCUGCUGCUGGACUGAAUUCUAAUUUAAUUUCCAAGGACGAGCGGAAACAGAGGAGAAAUGAGUAACAGGAUGGAGGGUUCGAAGGGACCAGGCAACAAGAACGGACCCAUCGCAGCGCCCAGCAGCCCAGUGAGCUCCACCGUAGGCCCACCUCUGGCCCCAGAAGAGCUGGCGCAAGAGCAACAGUCGUCUCUGACAGAUGUCACCCAAAUGUGGAUUAAAUAUGCAAAGACUUUUGCCAUCAUCCUACCGAUCUACGUCCUGGGAUAUUUUGAGUUCAGCUUCAGCUGGGUUCUGAUCGGACUCGCCAUGUUGUUCUAUUGGAGGAAGAACCACGGCACUAAGGACUACAGGAUAAACCGUGCCUUAGCAUUCCUGGACCAUGAGGAGAAGGUCGUGAGGCAAAGUGUGCCUACUGCUGAGCUGCCACCAUGGGUUCAUUAUCCAGAUGUGGAGAGAGUGGAGUGGCUGAAUAAGACCGUGAAGCAGAUGUGGCCGUUCAUCUGCCAGUUUGUGGACAAGCUGUUCAGAGACACCAUCGAGCCGGCGGUGCAGGGCGCCAACCCUCAUCUCAGCUCCUUCUGCUUCACCAAGAUCGACAUGGGCGACAAGCCGCUGAGAGUGAACGGGGUGAAAGUUUACACGGAGAAUGUGGACAAGAGGCAGGUCAUCAUGGACCUGCAGGUCAGCUUCGUCGGGAACACAGAGAUUGACGUGGACAUAAAGAAAUAUUACUGCCGAGCUGGAAUCAAAAGCAUACAGCUCCAUGGGACGAUGCGGGUGGUGAUGGAGCCUCUGCUUGGGGACAUGCCUCUGAUCGGAGCUCUGUCCGUCUUUUUCCUCAAGAAACCAUUGCUGGACAUCAACUGGACGGGACUCACAAACAUGUUGGACAUUCCCGGUGUCAAUGGUCUGUGUGACAACAUCAUCCAGGACAUCAUCUACAGCUUCGUCGUCCUGCCCAACCGCAUCACCAUCCCUCUGGUCGGAGAAGCUCAGCUGGCCCAGCUACGCUUCCCCAUGCCCAAGGCCCUCCUGAGGAUCCACUUCAUCGAGGCCCAGGACGUGCUGGGUAAGGACAAGUUCCUGGGAGGGCUGAUUAAAGGAAAGUCCGACCCGUACGGAGUGAUCCAGAUCGGGACCCAGAUCUUCCAGAGCAAAGUCAUCCACGAGACCGUCCACCCCAAGUGGAACGAAGUGUACGAGGCCUUGGUGUACGAUCACUCGGGACAGAACGUGGGACAGAACGUAGAGAUCGAGCUGUUCGACGAGGACCACGAUAAAGACGACUUCCUGGGAAGUCUGAUCGUCGACAUCGGCGAGCUGGAGAAGGAGCAGAAGGUGGACGAGUGGUUCGACCUGGAUGAUGUGGAAACGGGGAAGCUGCACCUCAAACUGGAGUGGUUAUCGCUGCUGCCUACACCUGAGAAGCUGGACCAGGCUCUGAUGAGCAUCAAAGCUGAUCGCGGUCACGCCAACGACGGCCUGUCGUCUGCGCUGCUCGUCAUCUUCCUGGAUUCAGCCAGAAACCUGCCGAGCGUCUUCGAGGGGAACUUGGGCUCUGGAUACUUAAAAGAGAGGCGGGCGGCGGGCCUCGUGUUUUGCGAGAACACGUCCUCUCUCUAUAGGACCUUAUUUCGCAAUCCGUUAGAGUUCAACCCGGCGGGGCUGAAGAAGGCCUCGAUCAGUAAGGCCAUCAAGUCUGGUAAAAAAGUGACCAGUGAUCCCAGUCCGCUCGUCCAGUUCACAGUGGGGCACAAGUCCUUCGAGAGCAAGACCAGAUUUAAGACCAAUGAACCGGUGUGGGAGGAAGCCUUCACCUUCCUCAUCCACAACCCCAAAACCCAAGAGCUGGAGGUCGAGGUUAAGGAUGAGAAACACGAGUGUUCGCUGGGGACGUUAACGCUGCCCCUGACUCGCCUGCUGGAGGCCGAGGACAUGACCCUGAACCAGCAGUUUCCCCUCAAAAACUCUGGACCGAGCUGCACCCUUAAGAUGAAGAUGGCUCUGCGGGUGUUGUGUAUGGAUAAGACCGCAUCUUCGUCCUCUGACCAGAACCCAUCCUCCGUGCAAGUCCGCAAGGGUAGCUCCAACAACCCCACCCCUCAGCCCUUCAUCUCCUCUGAGUCUCCCAAGCCUCCUGCCUCCUCCACCUCCGACAUCCCCCGCUCUGCCUCCGUGUCAGCUCAGGACAUGCUGAACCGGCGGAAGGAGGCUGAGGACGCCUUUAGGUCUUCAGGAAGCACAGAUUUUGGGCAGGGAGGAGGAGGAGGAGGAGGAGGUCGGGGGCUGGCUGCGACGGGGAGGAGCACCUCCAACCUGGCCAUCUCUGGUUCCCAGCAGUACCUGGCUGGAGGCAAAGAACCGACGCCCAGUAUCGCAUCGGACAUCUCCAACCCUUACGCUGCCCAGGAGCUGCAGCUGAGACUCCAGCAGCUGCAGAACGGUUCAGGACCCAAUCAUUUCCCGCUGGGUGAGGUGCAGCUGACGGUCCGACACAGCUCCCAGAGGAACAAGCUCAUCGUGGUCGUCCACGCCUGCAGAAACCUGAUCGCGUUCACAGACCACGGCUCGGAUCCUUACGUCCGCCUCUACCUGCUCCCUGACAAGAGGAGGUCGGGCCGGAGGAAAACUCACACCUUCAAGAAAACCCUCAACCCGGUCUACGAUCAGACGUUCGAGUUCACCGUCUCCCUCGUGGAGCUCCACAGACGGACUCUGGACGUCGCAGUGAAGAACGGCGGAGGCCUGCUCUCCAAACACAAAGGCCUUCUGGGAAAGGUUCUGGUGGACUUGACCCACGAGGAGAUCACCAAGGGUUGGACACAAUGGUAUGAGCUGAGUGAAGACGGCCAGAUGAGGUCUCACCAACUAUAAACAAUCAUCAUCAUCAUCAUCAUCUUCGUCAUUCUACACACUUCCACUCGAGCCCACAGCGCGGCUUUUGUUAUUUUCAGUACUCGUAUAUCUGUACAACAACAAAAAAAAAAAAGCAGCUUUUGACACUCAUCUAAUCACAUCAGUCGCAAGGCAAACCUCCCCUUUAAGAAGAGAGCGGCUGAGCGACUAAAGGGAGUAAACAACGUGUAGAAAGCUCUAAAGCAUCGUGCACUGCUGUGGACGUUUAUACUCCAUGUGUGUGUAGGAGAAACUAGUCGUAGAGGAAGGCUUUCUAUUUUAAUGCAGCUGCAGCGGUUUAUCCUCGUCGAGUUUCAGUAAAUAAUGAUGACGUUCAAGUUUGUAAAUAUAUAUAGGAAGACGCCGGACAGAGGAGACGAUGUAUUUUAGAGAAGGAGAGAGAGGUGUGGUCUCGUACCUGGCCAAAUGAUUGUUUUGUAAUUAAAGUUUUUUUUUUUUUAAAAGAGGAACAUUCUGGAUAACGUUUCCAAAGCAGAGCAGGCAGGUGGUCAUGAGGAAAGACGCCACCAAAGACACAAGUAGUAUUUCAAUUUUUGCGUCCUCCUCCAGGGUUUUGGUGACGCGGCUGCACUCGUCUUUAUUCCAGCGUAAUAACAACGUGUGUGUGUGUGUGUGUGUGUGUGUGUGUGUGUUAAACCAAGGGAAACGUACAGAUGUUAUUAUUACGCUGGAAUAAGACCAGCGUCGAGUGUUACCUUGUUUUUAUUACUGAAUAUUUGCACAUUUGUUUUAUUUUAAUCUAUCGGGGAUCAUCUUUACUCUUAGCUACAAUUUAAACGCCGCCUAUAUCCAUCUAGCUUCAACAUGUGUGUUUAAGAAAAUCAUUUUUACAUUGAAUAUAUGAGAGAUUUGUAAGUAAAACACGGAAAAAAUAAAGUAAAAAAAUAAUAAAUAAAUAAGAGAAAAUCAACAUUUUGGCUCUCACUUUCCUAAAGGGAGUUAUGUAAUGUGGCUGUCUGUUAAAUAUGAAGCCACUGCAAGGGACAGGGUUAGCUUAGCUUAGCAUCAAGACCUGAAACAGUAGGGGAAAACUAGCGUGGCUCCGUUCAAAAGUCCCCAAAAUUAACCCUCCUGCAAAUUUAACCAGAAGUCACAGGCGGUCGUAAAUGAAAAUAAUGAAGCAUUAGGCAGCUCAGCCCUAAAACAAAUCAUUGUUUUUCACUCUAAAUAGGAGCUAAAUGUAAUAAACAAACAUCAUGAUGUGUUGGAGAAGAAUUGAAACGAGAUUGGAAUUAUAAGCUCCUUACAAAAAAGUUUCCUGAAGUGAAAAAAAUCAUGUUUUCAUCGUCUUCUAUGCAGCUGGAUAUCACUUUGCAAACAUUGGAGUCGCCCCCUGGUGUCCAUUAAAGAGAAUGCAGGUUUAUGGCACUUCAAACCCGGAUUCACAGUCUUCAUUGAAAGCUCUGUUUAUUGUUUUUGCACAGAGGUUGAAUUUUUUAAACUUUAAGAUGAUUAUGAGUGAGCCAAGCCAAUUUAUCCUGGAUGUUUUUUUUUUUUUUUUUCAAAUCUACACAAAGCUAAACCCUUAAUAAUGAUGUCAUAUCAGUCUUAUUAUCUCACUAUUGGUCAUGAAAUGAGAACAAGGAAAAAUGUUGAACGGUUCCUUUAAAGCUGAUUCCUGCUGGAUGGUUUAAUUAUCAGCCACAUUUUCUUCAUGUUUCUAAAGCCACUGUUUGUAGGCAUUUAAAAUCACUCUUGUGCCCUCUAGUGGGAGUAUUUGAAAAUGCUGCAGUGACAAAUAUGCGCUGAAUUUAAAAAACCCACAGCAUAAAGAGAAGCAGGCCCUUUGUGGCAGGCCUCAUAUAAAGCCACAGACACAGAAACAGAUCAGGCAAGAUUGUAUCUUUUAAAUGUUCUGCACAGAGGCAGUUUCCUUAUUAAUUAAUUGUGUUGACAUGCCGAUGAAAUAUCUUGUCUUAUUUGUGGAUAAGAGCACAACAGGGGUCAUUGAAAUCGGAUAUAUUUAAUUUAAUCCCCUCUUUGUUAUUUAAACUUUCUAUUUUAAUUAAGCCUUUAUUUGGACAACGUUAAAGUGUUUUAUAUCGGCCCCGCCCUCUGCUCUUCUUUGAGACACGUUCAGUAUUUACCACUGUUAAUUUGAGAACUAAAGGUUAAACACACCUGCACAAACAGAGAGGGGAACGCUCUGAUUUCAACAGCCAUU